AUGGAUUCGAGUGCUCAACAAGACAGAAUAUCAAAUCUACCAGAUGUUCUUUUGGUCCUCAUCAUUUCAUGCUUGCCUUUCAAGGAAUGUGUUCAAACCAGUGUCCUCUCCAAGCGGUGGAGAUCACUCUAUCUUGAGACGUGGAAUGUUUGUUUCAAGGAAUCCGACUUCUUGAGCCCUUCUGCCUACGCAAAUCCCAUAAGGUGGGUUAGGGCUAGGAAUGCUUUUGUUGAUUACGUGCGUGGUUGGGUCGCUAGAAACAAUGAUCAACCCAUCGAUACGUUGGGGAUUUCUAUCUCGUAUCCGAAGACUUACUUGGAUGUGAUCACAACCCUGAUAGAGUUCGCGGUCCAAAAAAGUGUCAAGAACUUGGUUCUUGAUUUCUCAAACCCGGCGUGGAGAACCAUUAAUAAUGUAAACCAUGAUGAGUUGGUUGUUGAAAUCCCACAAAGCGUCUAUGAUCUAACGACUCUCGAGUCGUUGAAACUUGGUGCGUGCAAGAACUUUGACCCCUCCAAACUAUCAAACACAAGGAAGCUCAAGAGCGUCUCUCUCCGCUGGAUGGAAUUUAAAGAUCUUCAGUCUUUCCAAAUUGAGAGUUUAACUAUCAAUGACUGCCGGGGAAUUGAUUCCGGUAUGAUAAUAUCAGGGGAUAUGAGAGAAGUUGCAAUCAAGAACUGCGACUUUGAUUAUCUGUCUUGCACCUUUGACCUCCCUAGAGUUGAAAUAUUCAAGUACUCUGGAGAUAUUUUCAACUUUGAAUUCGUAGAUAUGAAUACCAUCAUAAGCGAAGUUGAAUUGGAUUUUGGGGUAUCAAACGAUUCAAACAAUGCAUCAGGAGGAAUGCUUGGGGAGCUCCUUAAUAAUCUCUUUCUUCAUGGUGGUCGAUCUGCCACCACCUUAACGGUCUGUCCGUUUCUACUCGAGAUGAUUCCAAGAGCUGCGGAUCCACAUCGUCCUCACCCGAUGAACACAAAACAUUUAGUGCUGAAGACGAAACUGCAUCCGAAAGAGUUCAAUGGAAUUAGGAUUCUUUUGAAUACUUGCCCAAACUUAGAAACACUCACUAUAGAUUUGCUUCCUCUAAGCCCCGAUGCAACGGCUUCGUCAUAUGCUCGCAUCGAUCCAAAGACAUACUGGGUGCAAAACAUAUCAUAUAAGUGUCUGAGAGAAACAUUAAAAACUUUGGUAUUGAAGAACUUUGGUGGUGGCGCAAACGAGUUAAACAUAGUGAAGUAUUUCAUACGAUCGGGAUGUGAGCGUUUGGAAAGAGUUGAGCUAUACAUGCCGUUUGAUUUGGACACAAAUCGAAAGAUGUUUGCAAAUGCCAGAUCUGAGAUGUUGCAACGAAGUUCGAAGGAUGUUCACAGCCUCAGGAAAAACGAGGCCUUGGUGAUUACAAGAUCUGCGCAACCACAAUGUCCACAUCAUCUUCGCCCUAUGGAAAAAACAAAACAUUUAGUGCUGAAGACAAAAUUGCAUCCAAAAGAGUUCGAUGGAAUUAGGUAUCUUCUCGAUAAUUUCCCAAACUUGGAAAAACUCACUAUAGAUUUGCUUCCUCCAAGCCCCAUUGCGACGGCUUCGUCAUAUGCUCGCAUCGAUCCAAAGACAUACUGGAUGCAAAACAUAUCAUAUAAGUGUCUGAGAGAAACAUUAAAAACUUUGGUAGUGAAGAACUUUGGUGGUGGCGCAAACGAGUUAAACAUAGUGAAGUAUUUCAUACGAUCGGGAUGUGAGCGUUUGGAAAGAGUUGAGCUAUACAUGCCGUUUGAUUUAGACACAAAUCGAAAGAUGUUUGCAAAUGCCAGAUCUGAGAUGUUGCAACGAAGUUUGAAGGAUGUUCACGUUUCUUGUGAAUCACUCUUGAAGAGAUAA